GACUCUCCCACAAAAAAAGAAAUUAAAAAAAUUAAGAGAAAAGAGGGAGAGAGGUCUCAACACGCCACAGUCUUCUGGUCGACUCACUGUCGCCGCCGUUUUAACGGAUAAGCCUCCGAUUCUCCUCCUCCUCGUUCUCGUCCCCGUCCUCGUCCUCGUCCUCUGCCACAUAUCCUUUGCAGAAUGGCGCAUUCAUGCGUAUCUCCUUCUUCUCUCAGAUUCAACUCAUCGCUUUCUCUCUCUUCACCAAACCCAUUUUCUUCCUCUUCCAAAAUCGUAUCUCUUCCCUUCCAACCUCUCCGUUCCAGGAAGCUGAAGAGUUCCAACCCCCGGAGUUCGUCGGCGAAGGCUAUGUACUCUCCGGAGUUUUAUGCCCCGGAAAGGACCUCACGCGAUGGUAUUUGGUCGAUUAGGGAUGAUUUACAUAUCCCAUCAUCGCCAUACUUCCCAGCUUAUGCUCAAGGCGGGCAGGGCCCGCCUCCCAUGGUCCAAGAGCGUUUUAUGAGUGUUAUUAGCCAGCUUUUCCAAUACCGAAUAAUACGAUGUGGAGGAGCCGUUGAUGAUGAUAUGGCAAACAUCAUUGUUGCUCAAUUGCUUUAUCUUGAUGCUGUUGAUCCAACUAAGGAUAUAGUCAUGUAUGUGAACUCUCCAGGUGGAUCAGUUACAGCUGGAAUGGCUAUCUUUGAUACCAUGAGGCACAUAAGGCCUGAUGUUUCAACCGUAUGCGUUGGGCUGGCAGCUAGUAUGGGAGCUUUUCUACUAAGUGGUGGUACCAAAGGAAAAAGAUAUAGUCUUCCUAACUCAAGGAUAAUGAUCCAUCAGCCCCUUGGUGGAGCACAGGGCGGGCAGACUGAUAUUGAUAUUCAGGCAAAUGAAAUGUUGCAUCACAAAGCAAAUUUGAAUGGAUAUUUGGCGUACCACACUGGUCAAAGCCUAGAGAAGAUCAACCAAGACACAGAUCGCGAUUUCUUCAUGAGUGCUAAAGAAGCCAAAGAGUACGGUCUCAUAGAUGGUGUUAUCUUGAACCCACUCAAAGCCCUCCAGCCGCUUGCAGCUGUAGCAGAAUAACUAUAAGGUUUAUUUCAAGCUCCCACCUCUUUUUGGUUGGUGAUUGAUUUCAUAACCAAAAACAUGGGUUUUUGUUGAUUUCAACCAUACAGCUAGAAAAUUUAGAAUCAACAAGAUUCUAUGAAUUGUUCCUAUCCAGACGCAUCCAUGUAAGAUCAUUAUUUAGUUAUAUUUGAUGAACUUAUCAUUGUCCUAAGUAGCAGUCGAUACAUUGGGUACAUUUUGUCCUUGUGUAAUACUCUCUUCAUAUUUGAAAUAAAAAUGUCUCUCCUAAUUA